AUGCAUUUCGGUAAUGCCAUUGCAAAUGAUUACGUGAUCAAUGGUAUAUGUCUCCCAAAUACUGAGUCUAAUAAAGAUCUCGGUGUCAUUUUCGACACUAGCUUGAGGUUUUCCAGCCACAUCGACAGCGUCGUUAGGAAAGCUUUGGCUGUUUUGUUCCUGAUCAUGAGAAAUACGAGGUGCUCUGAUUCAUCCAUAGUAUUACGUCUGUACAAAACAUAUGUACUGCCUCACUUAGAGUAUUGCUCACAAGUGUGGAGUCCUUUCCUCAAGAAAGACAUUGAAAAGCUUGAAAGAGUCCAACAUGUAUUCACUCGAAUGUUGUGGCAUAGGUCCAAGCCUGGUGUAGCCAUUCCCCCGUACCGUGUUCGGCUGAAAUCUUUAUCGCUCCAUUCGUUGCAGUAUCGACGAGUAAUAUCGGAUCUAGUGUUCUGUUUUAGCGUUCUUCGAAAAGAGUUGAGGUUAUCUGCGAGUAAGUACUGGACUUUCAGACCAACUAGCGAAAGACUAGGUGGGUUCAAUCUUCACUACGCCCCCAUAUACGCGAAGAACCAUUCCUUAGUGUUCAAUAAUCUUUUCAAUCGUUGUGCCAGAUGGUUCGAGCUUCUGCCGCCCCAAGUACUUCAAGCGCCAAACAGUAAGAUACUCAAGAGUAGACCGAGCAAGCUCGACCUCUUGGGCACCUUAGGUAUUCAAGAAGUUGUCUAG